UUUCUUCCCCUGACUCUCUAAAUUAGGUUAAACCGUUGAAAGCCUCUUUGUUCCGUUUAAACCCCCACCAGCAAACCAAACAGAAUUACAAAUCUGUUUCUAGGGUUUUUGUUCUGCUGGUUUAUUCACUCAGCUGUCGAUGAGGAAUCUAAAGCUAUCAACUGAGCUCACCUCGAUUCUCGAGCUCCAAUCAGAAAACGAAACCAUUCAAUUCGCCGCGUUCGACAUCGAGAAGAAUCGCUUGUUUUUCGCUUCUUCAACUAAUUUUAUCUACACCGCUCAGCUUCCUUCUAUUCAUGAUGGAGGUCGGAGCAAGACAUCUUUACCUGUAGUGGUUCAGCCAAUUGAUUUAGACCAUGAAGACUUUAUUACUUCCAUGGAUUUUCUCAUGGAAAAAGAAGCACUUGUGGCAGGCACUUCUAAUGGACAUCUAUUGCUAUAUAAUGUUGAUGACAAUGCAACAGAAAUUGUUGGUCAUGUAGAGGGUGGUGUCAAGUGCAUCUCACCUAGUCCAGAUGGAGAUUUGCUUGCGGUGGUUACUGGUUUUGGCCAGAUACUAGUGAUGACUCAUGAUUGGGAUCUGUUGUAUGAGACGUCAAUCGAGGAUCCUGCUGAAGAAAUUGAUGUGGGCCAGUUGGGAACCUCCAUUUCGUGGAGAGGGGAUGGAAAAUACUUUUCUACAAUAAGCAAGGCACAUCAUUCAGUUCCCAUGAAUAAGAAAAUAAAAAUUUGGGAACGAGAUACGGGGGCACUUCAUGCUUAUUCAGAAGCAAAGUCUUUUAUGGGAUAUAUUUUAGAAUGGAUGCCCAGUGGAGCUAAAAUUGCAGCUGUUUAUGAUAACAAGGACAAACAUAAUUGCCCUUCAAUAGUUUUCUUUGAGAGGAAUGGUUUAGAAAGGAGUUCAUUUAGCAUAAAUGAACGGGUUGAUGCAACCAUAGAAAAUAUCAAGUGGAAUUGUAAUUCUGAACUUCUUGCAGCUGUUGUCAGGUCUGAAAAUCAUGACGCCCUGAAGAUUUGGUUUUUUAAUAACAACCACUGGUACCUGAAACAAGAAAUUAGGUAUUUGAGAAGGGAUGGACUGAAGUUCUCGUGGGACCCAACAAAUCCAUUCCAGUUGAUUUGCUGGACUCUUGGUGGCAUUGUCACAACAUAUAACUUUGUGUGGGUUACGGCUGUCAUGGACAAUUCAACUGCCUUGGUCAUUGAUGACUCCAAGAUACUAGUUACUCCCCUUUCCAUAUCGUUGAUUCCACCUCCUAUGUUUUUGUUUGAAUUAAGAUUUCCGCGUGCUAUAAGAGAAAUGGCUUUUUGGUCCAACAGUUCUAAGACUCUUUUGGCUGUAUCUUUGUCGGAUAAUGCUUUGUGUGUUGUUGAGCUUCCUGUAGUGGAAUCUUGGGAAGACCUAGAGGGUAAAGAAUUCAUUGUUGAGCCUGUCUCUGGGAAACCACUAGGAUCCUCUGUGCAUCUCUUAUGGUUGGAUUCACAUGUUCUGCUCAAUGUUCCACAUUUUGGCUAUAACCAGAGCAGUGACCUGGUAAAAUCUUCUUCACGCAAGGAUUGUUUGCCUUGCAUACAGGAAAUCGAGAUCACGUGUUUGGAAAAUCAUAUCCCUGGCACAGUGACAUGCUCAGGUUGGAAUGCUAGGAUUUUUGGUCAGAUCUCACUCGAAGGGAUGGUUAUUGGCCUUGCACGAAAUCCUGUUCUUGAUGGUUCAGCGUUUGUUCAGUUUAUUGAUGGAAAAAUCUUUCAGUAUAGAAAGCAGGCAGGAGCUGUAGUACCGUCUAUUGGAAACCAUACUGAUAUCAGUAUGAGUUUCUCAUCAUCUUGUCCAUGGAUGAGCGUGGUUCCUGUUGGAGAUUCUGAUCCAUCAAAUCCUUUUUUGCUAUUCGGGCUUGAUAAUUUUGGUAGAUUGCAUGUCGGUGGCAGGAUACUGUGCAACAACUGCAGCAGUUUCUCAUUUUACUCCAAUUCCCCUGAUCAGAUGAUUACACAUUUGAUUCUUACAACUAAACAGGAUCUGCUCUUCGUAAUUGAAAUUAGUGAUAUUUUGUUUGGCCAGCUAGAUGCCAAAUAUGACAACUUUUUACCUGUCAUAAAGAAAAGACGCGGAGAAGAAGAAAGUAAGAAUAUAACUUUAUGGGAGAAAGGUGCCAAAGUUAUAGGUGUCCUGCAUGGAGAUGAAUCUGCUGUUAUCUUGCAAACAAUCAGAGGAAACUUGGAGUGCAUCUAUCCCAGAAAAUUGGUUGUUGCAUCGAUUAUCAAUGCGUUGGGCCAAAAGCGUUUUAAAGAUGCACUACACAUGGUAAGGCGGCAUAGGAUAGAUUUUAAUAUCAUUCUUGACCAUUGUGGUUGGCAAAACUUUCUUCACUCAGCUGCAGAGUUUAUCAGACAGGUUGAUAAUCUGGCCUAUGUAACGGAGUUCGUCUGUUCCAUAAAGAAUGAAAAUGUGAUGGAGACAUUGUACAAAGAGUUCACAUCUUUACACAAAGAGGAGUUUAGUUUAGUUGAUAAUAAUAAGGUAUCUUCCGUACUGCUGGCUGUGAGAAAGGCACUUGAGGACCAGAUAGUGGAAUGCCCCGCAAGAGAACUUUGCAUUUUGACCACCUUAGCUCGAAAUGAACCCCCAGCUCUUGAAGAAGCUUUGAAGAGAAUAAAAGUGAUUCGGGAUAUGGAACUUUCAGGUUCCAAUGACCCUCGGAAAAUUUCUUACCCUUCUGCUGAGGAAUCUUUGAAGCAUCUCUUGUGGUUAUCUGAUCCUGAUGCUGUAUAUGAAGCUGCAUUGGGUCUUUAUGAUCUGAACCUUGCUGCAAUAGUUGCAUUAAACUCACAGAGAGACCCAAAAGAAUUUCUUCCUUUCCUUCAGGAAUUAGAACAGCUGCCAACUUUAUUAAUGAAAUAUAAUAUUGACCUUAAACUAAAAAGGUAUGAAAAUGCACUUAGACACAUCAUUUCUGCAGGAGAUGCUUAUUCCGAAGAUUGUAUGAACCUCUUGAAGAAUAAUCCACAGCUUUUUCCGCUAGGACUGCAGCUGACAACUGAUACUGUUAGGAGAAGGCUCGUCACUGAGGCCUGGGCAGAUCAUCUUAGUGACAUAAAAUGCUAUGAAGAUGCUGCUACGACCUACUUAAGCUGUUCAAAUUUAGAGAAAGCUUUAAAGGCUUUCCGUGCCUCUGGUAAUUGGGCCGGGGUGCUGACAGUUGCUGGUCUCAUUAAGCUGGGAAAAGAGGAGGUCAUUCAACUAGCUCAUGAGCUGUGUGAAGAACUUCAGGCACUUGGUAAACCCGGGGAAGCUGCUAAGAUUGCCGUAGAGUAUUGUGGAGAUGUAAAUAGUGGGAUCAGUCUCUUAAUCAGUGCAAGGGACUGGGAGGAGGCUCUGAGGAUUGCUUAUUUGUACAGAAGAGAUGAUUUAGUUUCAGAAAUCAAGGAUGCAUCUCUUGAGUGCGCAAGCGUGUUGAUUGGAGAGUUUGAAGAAAAUUUGGAAAAAGUGGGAAAAUACUUGGCUCGCUACUUGGCAGUGAGGCAGCGGAGAUUAUUACUCGCUGCAAAACUCAAGGCAGAUGAGCAGUCAGUAAAUGAUCUUGAUGAUGAUACUGCUUCAGAAGCUAGCAGCAAUCUCAGUGGAAUGAGCGCGUACACCUUGGGAACAAGGAAAGGGUCUGCAGCUUCUGUUGCUUCGAGUACCACUAGCAAGGCUAGAGGGAUAAGGCGUCAGCGGAACAGAGGAAAAAUCCGCGCUGGCAGUCCUGAUGAAGAGAUGGCUUUGGUGGAGCAUUUGAAGGGAAUGUCUCUGGCGGUUGGUUCAAGGAAAGAGCUUAAAUCUUUGUUGGUUUCUCUUGUAAUGCUUAACAAGGAAGACAUUGCGAGAAAAUUGCAACGAGUAGGAGAAAACUUUCAACUGUGUCAAAUGGCAGCAGUAAGUCUAGCUGCAGAUGCGACGUCGAGUGAGAUUAUAGAUGAACAUGCUUUCUCUCAGGAGCUUUACAUGAAGAAAGUAAGGAAAGAAUUACUGCAUUCAGAGGCCUUCUCCUGGCAAGUCAAAAUGUUUCUUUCUCUUUGAUAGUUGAAUAAUGGUCCCAUGGAGCAGUUUUUCUGUCUCAAGCCUAUGCAUGUACACUCUCUAACCCAUGCCUGGGAGGCUGGGACCAUCAAAAUAUACAAUUGCCGCAAGACCACUUUUUCAAGGCUUAUUUUAUGUGAAUGAAGGGUAUUAGAAUUAGUUCCCUAAAUAUAAUGUUCUUCGGGCAAGAUGGCACAAUGAAUUCAUCUAUCUUAAAGGUUAAUAAGGUGGUUCAAGUUCCCGCUGCCUCGGCCACUUGCCUUGUUAGUGGAAGAGUGAGUAUUCUCCAAGCCGUGUUUCUGCUUUCUUAUAUUUGGCUCGGUGGUCCAUACGUCCAUGUAUGAAGAUCACUUGUCUGUUCCCGAUGUUCCCAUGAAAGAAAAGGGAAGGAAGAAAGAAUGAUGAUAUUAAUCAGUUUUGUAGAUUCAUCUCCUAGUAAAGCAUGUAUGUUAUGUAUGGGUUGUGAGUAAUAUGCUACCAAAUUUCCAUAUUUUAUAUCAUAUUAUUAGUUUUAUGUUCAA